AUGACUCUUUGGGAAAGGACUGGAGAAAAGACAGUGAUUGUCCCACUAAAACGAUGUAGUGAACGAGGUAACAAGCAGUCCAGUGGGCCCAUGAAUUCAAGGGGCCCUGGUAGUCAUGGAGGAUCUUCGCCCCUGAACAAAUCAGUUGGAGGGGGCAUUGGUGAACUUUUUCCAGGGGGAGUACCUAAACUACCGAAGGGAGGACUGAAACAAAGAACGCCCGCUAAUGUUUCUCCAAAACCAAUUCGAUCAGUCAAAAAUGGGCCAACUACUCAAGGAGACCGGACACCACCACAAAAUCGGAAUGUCCAAAAUGGAGUGGAGUUUAGCCGAGUGAUGCCUGCCAAGCCUGCCUUAGCCAAUCGACCUAAGCCACCUCCUGCACCACCAACAGCUCCCCCCAUUGGCAUUAAUAACAAUAUCAAUGUCACUAACAACAACAAUAACAACAACUUUAGUUUUUCUCAGACUCAUACAACUGGUGGCCUUCCUGUAAACAUGGCUCGCCGAAUGCCUGGUUCACACCCACCUCCACCACCACCACCUUCUCGACCCCCUGCUCCACCCAGCAAUCGUCCAGCGGCACCAAAAAAUCGCCCUAGCAGCAUGAUUGGGCGACCAUUGCCUCCAACUCCCACAUCAUCAUCAUCAUCGUCAUCAUCAUCAUCAUCUUCAUCACUGAAUCGCAACCUUCCUCCGUUGCCCCCUAACAAGGCACCACAGCCUCCAGAAAGGACUGUGUCUACAGGAGGUUCAUUACCUCGAUCCCGAGCCCCAACCCAUAAGCCUCCUCCACCUCAAAGACCACCACCUGGCCAGAGACCACCACCACCUCCACCAGCUCGACCUCCUUCAGGACCAGCUCAGUCCCUGACAAUCCACGACGGGCCUGUUCCUCCCCAACGAAGCUCAAGUAAUUGCAGUAUAGGAAGCUUGGAUUUAGAGAAACGUGGCUACUUCCACAGUGUUCAUGAAUUUCCUCCUGCAGAACCAUUUACAAGCUGCCCAAAGACAUACCCCAGCCAAAGUGCAAAAAAUACAGCAAAUCGUCGGGCUCCACCACCACCACCACCUCCUGCAGGUGUUUCAAUAGCACGAUGA